AUAGGAGGAAGAAAAGUCACACCUUCCUUCCUUCUUCCUCUGCCCGUGUUCUUUGAACUAUAUAAACCAGCCAGGCACCCAUUGAAUCCUUCAUCACAAUUUCACAGCUCUUGCUUUCUCUCGUAGUCGAUCAUUGAGGCCUUUUCGAUCCAUGUUUCUCCGAGGACUAUAAUCUACCUCAGAAAUAGCUCCGAUAAGGGUUUCGUGAGAAGUGAUUCAAAGAGUAUCUUUGCCCUUUUGAUCUAGUCAUGGAGGGUGAAUUUCACAAGCAGAGAGAUGGAAUUUUUAAAAAGAAGUGCUCGAGUUUGCUUGAAUUGUCUGCUUCAGAUGAUCUUGCUGGUUUCGUCUGUGAUGUAGAAGUGAACGGAUUUGAUGUAGAUGAGGUGAGUAAUUGGUACGGUAGAAGAAUUGGGUCAAAGAAGAUGAGGUUUGAGGAGAGAACUCCCCUUCUGAUUGCUUCUAUGUAUGGAAGCACUGAGGUCUUGAAGUAUAUUAUUGGAACUGGAAAGGUUGAUGUCAACAGGGCUUGUGGUUCAGAUGGGGCAACUGCUCUUCACUGCGCGGCAGCUGGUGGCUCUGCUUCAUCGGUAGAGGUUGUCAUGCUCUUGCUUGAAGCAUCCGGGGAUGUUAAUUCCGUUGAUGCCAGUGGAAACAAACCCGGUGACUUGAUUGCUCAUUCUGUAAAGUCUUUGAGCAAUUCAAAAAGGAAGACCCUGGACAUGUUGUUGAACGGUGGUAUUGUUGCUGGUGAAGGAGGUUUGUCAUUGGUUUCCAUUAGCGAGGCCUUUGAUAAAGAGGAAGAAAAGCAAAAUCCUAUGUCUCAGUUGUCGAAAGACGGGUCUGAGAAGAAAGAAUAUCCACUUGAUGUAUCAUUGCCUGAUAUAAACAAUGGUAUUUAUGGGACAGAUGAGUUCAGGAUGUAUAGUUUCAAGGUGAAGCCUUGCUCGAGGGCAUAUUCCCAUGACUGGACAGAAUGCCCUUUUGUCCAUCCGGGGGAGAACGCAAGGAGACGUGAUCCAAGGAAGUACCACUACAGUUGUGUCCCAUGCCCAGAGUUCAAGAAGGGGGCUUGCGGAAAGGGGGAUUCUUGUGAGUAUGCUCAUGGUGUGUUCGAGUCCUGGCUACAUCCAGCACAGUACAGAACCCGGCUAUGCAAGGACGAGACUGGGUGCUCACGAAAAGUGUGUUUCUUUGCACACAAGCCCGAAGAGUUGCGUCCCUUGUAUGCUUCCACGGGUUCAGCUAUGCCUUCACCUAAGUCUGUUCCAGUAAGUUUGAUGGACCUGUCAACGAUGAGCCCAUUGGCACUCAGUUCAUCGUCUUUGUUGUUACCUACUACUUCAACGCCACCCAUGUCUCCCUCUUCAGCCUGUUCCUCUCCUAUGAGUGGAUCCAUGUGGCAGAACAAGGUUAACCUCACACCACCAACAUUGCAACUUCCUGGUAGCCGGCUGAAGACAUCUCUGAAUGCUAGAGAUUUGGAGUUGGAAAUGGAAUUGCUAGGGUUGGAAAGUAUGCGCACCCAGCAGCAACACAGGCAACAAUUGAUCGAUGAGCUGUCUAGUCUUUCAUCCCCGUCCUCCUGGAAUAAGGACUACAGUAGGAUGGGGGAAUUGAAGGCUACUAACCUUGAUGAUGUUUUUGGAUCUCUUGAUCCAUCCUUACUGUCUCAAAUGCAGGGCCUCUCACCCAGAGUUACAACAUCAGCCACCCAGUUGCAAUCUCCAACUGGGCUUCAGAUUCGCCAGAACAUGAACCAACUUCGAGCAAGCUAUCCUGCAAACCUUUCCUCCUCUCCCGUUAGAAAACCUUCUACAUUCGGGUUUGACUCCUCUGCAGCAGUGGCAGCAGCUGUCAUGAAUUCGAGGUCUGCUGCUUUUGCAAAACGCAGCCAGAGCUUUAUAGACCGAGGAGCCAUGAACCACAGAGCCGGCUUUACACCAACUACCAAUACUGCGAAUUUGAUGUCGUCUAAUCUUUCGGAUUGGAGCUCACCUAAUGGUAAACUGGACUGGGGCUUCAAUGGUGAAGAGCAGAAUAAGCUAAAAAAGUCUGCCUCUUUUGGAUUCCGAAGCAGCAAUGCUGCAAGAACUGCAGUUACUCCAAAUGUUGAUGAACCAGAUGUGUCUUGGGUCCAUUCACUGGUGAAAGAUGUUCCCUCCGUGGGGGCUGGCUUAUACCACUCAGAACAGAAGCAUGUGGGGGUUCAUGAGAUGCUCCCACAGUGGGUCGAGCAGUUGUACAUAGAGCAGGAGCAGAUGGUGGCAUAAGCAACUUCUCAGCCAUACUUCUGCUCUGCGAUUAUAUCCACUAGAUUCAUAUUCUUUGAGAUUCUUAUUGAUAUUCAAUAUAUAUGUUGGUAGGAGUAGUAAGGAAAACGAAAAAGAACAUGACACGCAGUCAAGUUAGAUCACAAAGGAUUUGUGUAGGAAGAAUGACUACUUAAGAAGGUGGAGUUGACUCAUUUUGCUUAGAAUGGCUAUGAUCUGGGACUUGAUUCCAUGUGUAGUGAUUCUUUUCAUGCUGAAGGGGCAGAAGAUGGCAUUAGAAGUGUGUAAUAUUAACUGUAAGAUAGGGCUCUAAGACAUUAUUCUUUCUAUUUGUUGUAUUCCACUGAAUACUUCUUAAAUUGUUACUUGAUUUUGAAAGCAAUUUCCAAUGAUGGAUGAUUUCUAAUGCAACACUCUUGUUAUAUUUAUCAGUCUAUUGGUUGGCUUUAAGUAUGUGUUAUCUAGUCUUCUGGUUUCUUAUAUUCUUGAAUGGCAG